AUGGCUAGGGGAUCGGGACUAGCCGACGAGGCGGCCGUGGCCAGCGACGACUACGGCGAGGACCGCAUUAGCGCGCUCCCGGACGACGCCCUCCACCACAUCCUCUUCUUCCUGCCCUCCGACGACGCCGUGCAGACGUGCGUUCUCGCCCGGCGCUGGCGCCACCUCUGGAGGUUCACGCUCUCCCUGCGUGUUACCCCGCGCCCCGGCGGCUGGACGGCGUCGACGCUGACCAGCUUCGUCAACCACUUCCUGCUCCUCCGCGCAGCCGCCGUGCCGGUGCACGAGUGCGACAUCCUCUGCGGCCAGUUCGACGACGGAGACUCCGAGUCCGGGGAGGACGACCUUCCUGAUCUUUACAAAUACACUCUAGACGAGGAGCUGAACCAGGCGGCCUGCCUGUGGAUCCGCCACGCCCUGGCGAACUCGCAGCCCCGGGUGCUCCGGGUCCGGUUCCGGGCGCGGCGGCGCUUGUGCCUCGACGACGUGCCCUAUUUCGCGUCGCCGCUCCUGAAGACGGAGGAGCUCACGGAUGCGACCUUCCAUGAUCCCUCCAGAUGCAUCGAUUUCUCAAUGUGCCCGGCAUUGGAGGAUCUCACUAAGAGGGGGUGCAAAAUAUUCAGCGACAGGAUUUCUUCUGCGUCGUUGGCCCGUCUGGCCGUCUCACCAUUGCUGGCAGCUAUUUCUACGGUGAAACCCGGACUCGGAUCGCCACUCCUCGCCUGGUCUCGCUACAACCAUGUCUGUGCACAAGGGCAGCGCUCCUCUUCUUGA